AUGGAACACACGACGGCCGUUUUUUUCGAUCUCGACAACACCCUGAUCGCCACCAGGCGAGCAGACGAACGUACCUGCGAUAAGUUGAAAGAAAUUUUGAAUAGAAAGUAUUCACUGUCAAUUAAUGCUGCAGCUCAAAUAUGUAAGAGGUACCUGAAAAUGUUUAGAAAAUGUCCUGAUAACCACCCAAUGGACUUAGAUACUUGGAGAAAAAUUCUGUGGAGUGAUGCACUUGGAGAACAUUCCUAUCUAACAGAUGACAUUUACCAACAAUGGCUGACGCUAAGGUACGAGUACCUCUCGCUAGCCCCAGACAUCACGCAUUUCCUGAAAACCCUCAGGAAAUCGCACCUGUUGGCCCUGAUAACCAACGGCCCGUCCCAAGCCCAGUGGGAAAAAGUGGAAAAACUCGACCUCAAGUCCUACUUCGACCUCAUCCUGGUUUCCGGUGAUCUGCCUUGGGAAAAACCAAGCGCGGAAAUAUUUCUUGAAGCCUGCGAAACCUUGGCAGUCGAUCCUAAACACUGCGUCAUGAUAGGGGACAAACUGGAGACGGAUAUUUUAGGGGGAAGCAACGCCAAGCUGUUGUGUAGUGUAUGGGUACCUUUGGGCAGUAGGCAGCUACGUGAAGGGGACCCUUUACCGGAUUUUGUAGUGGAGAAAGUGACGGAUUUCAGCCGUUUGCUGCCUCAAAUCGUUAAAAGGAAAUCGAAAAUUCUCAGUAAUGUUUUCUUGGCAGAUGUAGAUGAUUGUAAUAGUAAUGGGAGUGAUGGUAGCUGA